UGUUAAAUAAACCUGAUUAUACUCUUCCAUGGAGUUGGCAAGUGAUUGCCUUUAAAUAUCAGUGGCAUAUCCUUUCUUUAUUUCUCGGCUAUUCUGUCAGUUCUGUGGAUGAUGAAUACCAGAGGCCAUGCAAUUUCCUUCAGCUAAUUCUGGGGCACGUACAUCCUUUUGGCAGCACUACAAUCUCAGUGUCAGUAACUGUAAGUUAUGAAGAUACAUGUCUUCUCAGCCACAUAUAAGUAUUACCUGUAAUUACACCUUUCCCAUUAUUUAAUAGGUAGCUGUUCAGGUGAAAGAUUCUGCAUAUCUUAGGAAUCCUUUUGGAGUCUCCAUAUUGUAAUGGAGAACUUGAGCGGAAACAGCAGUCAGUAGCAGUAGCGAUGUAAAGUAGGGGAAAAAAGGAUUCUUUGACAUUGUAUUUGAAUAGAAAACCAUAGUAAUGAAAUGUGAGAAUCCUCAAAAUUACAGUGUGGCUAACAAUCUUAAACAGAUUACUCUGCUUAUUGUCAUGUUUUCGUAUUUGGAUGUUUCUCUUGCAGCUGUAGAGGGGAGAUGCCAUUUUGACCAUGGCUGAGAACACUACAUUCAUGUCUGAUACAGGGAAAAGUCUCUUGGCAGAUUCUUCUGUUCUUGACUCGAAAAUUAUAGAAAAUUCCAAGGAGAAUGUAUUCACCCGAAUUGCUUCUGAUGGUGGAGAGGAAAUGCCUCCAAUUGAAACCAGGUUGAUUUUAGUUCAGGAAGCUGCAAGAUGUGAGGAACUCAUAACAGCCUUAGAGACCGUUAAGACAAUGGAAGUUCCAUUUAUAAAGAUAAAGAAAACUAUUUCUGGUGAACCAGAAGAAAAAAUAAUAAAAAGUAUUAUCCACAUGGAAAUUAAAGUGCCCUACAUAAAGAUGGAAUCGAUGAAAGCGUAUGAUGACUCGGAAUCACCGGAGGUUGAAGCUGUCUUUGUAAUAGCAGACUUUGAAGAUCCCAUUUUUAGUACCUUGUACAAGGCAGACUGCAGGAUCCUGGGGCCCCCAGUGGUAUUUCAGUGCGCUAAAAAAGGCGAGCCUCUACCCUUUGCAUGUCGUCCACUGUACUGCACAAAUAUGGUGAAUCUAGUGUUAUGCUUCACGGGAUUCAGGAAGAAAGAUGAGCUGGUUAAACUGGUGACAUUGGUUCAUCAUAUGGGAGGGAUUAUUCGGCGAGACUUCAGUUCCAAGGUUACCCAUCUGGUGGCUAACUCUACACAAGGAGACAAAUUCAGAGUAGCUGUGAGUCUUGGCACUCCAAUCAUGAAAGCGGAGUGGAUUUAUAGAUCUUGGGAGAGAAGAAAUGACAC